CUGUCCACCACCACUCGUGCUCGUCCGCUGCUCUGCGCUAUAACGCGCAAAGACGGCAGAAAAUGGCAAGCAACGAAGCCGAUGGCUCUAUGAUCUUUGACUCUCUCCCAUACUAUGACAACGACCUGGAGCAAUUCCCUGUCCUGAGAGAGAAAGUAGAGAAGGAACUGGCUCGCGAAGCUAAGCCGUCACAGGCGUUGCAUCCCCGCGUUCCUCCACCUGUAAACCUCUUCACAAACCACCCGCUGCUUGAAGCUGAGCUCACUCGCAUCGAGUCUCAUCAGCCACUACUUCCACUAGAUACUACGCGGCAUCAGCUGCCAGGUCCCCAUAACCCCGGGAAUGAGGAGGAGUGGAGGUUCGCUUUGAAGAACGCACAUGCACAACUUGAGUACCAACGACUCCGGCAUACCAAUCUAGCGCUUUUGCAGCAGUACGGCUCGAACUCGUGGCGCAUACACAACUAUCUCACGGACUUUACGGCGAAUAACAUCGAAAAGACGUUAGAAGAGUUAAAGAACCUGACUACCGAAGUCAACCGUGACCGGAAGAACACUCAGGCGCGAAUAGGGACACAGCUCACGUCGUUAGAAACACGAUGGACAGAGCUCAUUUCCAAUAUCCUGCAGAUCGAGAUGGCCAAUGUCGCUUUGGAGGCGGAGAUUGACAGGCUGAACAAAACCGAGGCAGAGCUUGCAGCUGGUCUCUGAUGACGGCCCUCCCAAAAUGUAUAUUUUAGUUGGUGUGUAGUAUGUUAGCUAUAACGAUAUGCGAUGUAAUGUGCCAUACUGUCGUGUCGAGCCGCAGCGUUCUAUUAUUGUCACUCAGCUUUG